GGAGAAGACCAGAUUUCAUGGUGUCCAAGAGGCUGACUCCCAGGCAAGACUCACAAGAUGAAGGGCUUUAUUACCAUGGAGAUAGUGAUUCUGAGCAUCCUUCCAAUGCUUUGAACCUUCCAGUUUUGAGAUACGGGGCGCCGGUCACAAUGUUCCAGGACCAGGUUCCUCUGCUACCGGGAGAGAGCGUCCAGACUACAGUUAAGGAUGUGAUGUACAUCUGUCCGUUCAGUGGUCUGGUUAAUGGAACCCUGACCAUCACAGACUACAAGCUCUACUUCACCAGCGUGGAACGGGAGUCUCCGUUCGUUCUCGACGUGAACCUGGGAGUCAUCAGCAGACUGGAGACCAUCAGUGUUCCCAACCAGGGAGAGAAUACCAAGGGACUGGAGCUGGUCUGCAAGGACAUGAGGAGUCCUAGGUUCGCCUACAAGACGGAGGAAAGCCAUCCGGACGUGGUGGAGCUGCUGUCCAAACAUGCCUUCCCCCUCUCCCACAGCCUGCCCCUGUUCUCCUUCCUGUACCAGGAGCAGUUCCCCGUGGAUGGCUGGAAGGUGUACGACCCAGCAGCAGAGUACAGACGUCUGGGCCUCCCUAACGAGAGCUGGGCCAUCAGUAAGAUGAACAGCAGCUACGAGCUGUGUGACACCUAUCCCUCCAUCCUGGUGGUCCCUACCCACAUCACAGAGGAGGACGUCAGACGGGUGGCAGUGUUCAGAGCCAAGCACCGCAUACCGGUCCUGUCCUGGAUCCACCCAGAGACUCAGGCCACCAUCGUACGCUGCAGCCAGCCGCUCGUCGGACCAUCGGACCGCCGCUGCAAAGAGGACGAGCGCUUCCUCCAAAUCAUCAUGGAUGCCAACGCCCAGUCCCACAAGCUCACCAUCUUUGACGCCCGACAGAGCAGCGUGGCGGUGACCAACAAGGCGAAGGACGGAGGGUACGAGAGUGAGAGCUUCUACCCAAACGUGGAGCUCAACUUCCUGGAAAUCCCCAACAUCCACGUGAUGAGGGAGUCUCUGAGGAAGAUGAAGGACGUGGUUUACCCCACCAUCGAUGAAGCCCACUGGCACUCCGCUAUCGACCAGACGCACUGGCUGGAGUACAUACGGCUGUUAUUAGCGGGAGCAGCAAAGAUAGCAGACAAGCUGGAAUCGGGGAAGACGUCGGUGGUGGUGCACUGCAGCGACGGCUGGGACCGGACCGCUCAGCUCACCUCUCUGGCCAUGCUGAUGCUGGACAGCCACUACCGCAACCUCCGAGGGUUCCAGGUUCUGGUGGAGAAGGAGUGGGUCAGCUUUGGACACAAGUUUGCCGCCCGCGUCGGUCACGGCGACGAGAACCAUGCCAACUCGGAGCGCUCACCUCUCUUCGUCCAGUUCAUCGACUGCGUCUGGCAGAUGACUCGACAGUUCCCAGCAGCCUUUGAGUUCAACGAGCUGUUCCUGAUCACCGUGCUGGACCACCUCUACAGCUGUCUAUUCGGUACAUUCCUGUACAGCAGCGAACAGGAGAGGGCGGCUAAGGUACGUACCCUUCUUCUUCUUGUGUGUG